AUGGGUGCACACUUCCUUCCACAGUUGUACUUACUUUUGCUCGCAGGUACCACUGUAGCUACCUAUGGUGGCGACUCCAAAUGUAGCCCUUCACCUGUUUGCUCAAAUCUGAAUUUUGGUAUUCGUGCAAAGACUAACAAUAACCCUUCUGCCGAUUUCUCAAUUUCGGAGGUUGCAUGGGUAAGUGACCUCACUUACUCAGUAACCCUUGGAUGUAAAACACUGGCUACUUUGGGAAAAUCUUGUUUGGGAUCAUUGAACUUAUCGUGUGGUAGCAAUAAUUUCAAUCUUUUCGAUUUUGAUAAAGUUGAUUUAAUUCUGAGUUGUAAUGACUGGUCUCACAAAUUUGAAGUUGAGUGUGUUGAUAAGGGUGACAAAAUCUGUUUGCCAAACCUUCUGGUCUCCUACGAAUGGUGCAACUCAGAUGGUCAUGAUUCAGAAGCUUGUAAAGACUGGGAUUUCUCAAAAUCCUAUGACUACAUCUUUGGUUGUGAAGAUGAACACCAUUUUGACUGGUCUGACUACUGUUGGCCAAAGCCUCCAGCAGCAUGUUCUACCAAAACUAUCCCAUCUCCUUCUGGUACUGAUUGUGUUACUUCUACGUUAACAAAAUCUCAAUGUGUGACAUCUAGUGUAGCCACAAGUGAAUGCACAUCUUCAAACAUCAUCACUACUUCUUGUUCCACGUUGGUUCGCCCAACUACUGUCUGCUCCACAGCAACUUCAGGUCAUGAAUGUUCCCCAUCAGCUCAAUGCCCCCCAAGUGAUUUUGGAAGCCGUUGCAAGAAAGAUAAUUUCCCUCUGGCAGAUUUCAGCAUUUCUUCUGUGAAAUUGGUAAGUGAUCUUAAAUAUUCAAUUUCUCUCGGGUGUAAGGCCCUGAAGGGUAUGGAUAAAUCCGUAUUAAAUACUUUAAGUUUGAAAUGUGGUGGAAAUCAUUUCCCACUAUUCGACCAUAAGUCAGAGAUUGAUAAGAUUCUGAGUUGUCAAGAGUGGACUCAUGAUUUUGAAGUUGAAUGUGAAGAUCAUGGUGACAAGAUUUGUUUACCAAGUGUGUCAGUUCUGUACGAAUGGUGCCAAUCAAACCCUUGGAGUAGCAGUUGCUUACUUUGGGGUUAUUCAAAGUCAUACACCUAUAAUUUUGGAUGCGGAAGUUCCUCAGACUAUGAUUGGUCUCAAUACUGUUGGCCAAAGCCACCUUCAAAGUGUUCAACUUCCAAUAUCCUCAGCACUAUCUGCCAAACCUCAACCGCACCAGCUACAACGUGUAAUACAGGAUUUGUACCAACAACUAGCUGCACAACAACACAGAUAGAAACUACACUGUGUCAAACAACAAUUAAGUCUUCAUCAAGUAGUCUAUCAACUCCAGUCGAAUCUACUCCAGUCGAAUCCACACCAGUCGAAUCCACACCAAUAGAAUCAACCCCUGUUGAAUCUACUCCAGUUGAGUCUACUCCAGUCGAAUCCACUCCUGUCGAGUCUACCCCUGUCGAAUCCACGCCAGUAGAAUCUACUCCAGUAGAAUCGACUCCAGUUGAGUCUACUCCUGUCGAAUCCACACCAGUUGAAUCUACCCCAGUAGAAUCUACCCCAGUCGAAUCCACACCGGUUGAAUCCACCCCAGUUGAGUCUACUCCAUGUGAAACCACUCCAGUCGAAUCCACACCAGUAGAAUCCACACCAGUAGAAUCAACCCCUGUUGAAUCUACUCCAGUUGAGUCUACUCCUGUCGAAUCCACACCAGUUGAAUCUACACCAGUUGAAUCUACUCCAGUUGAGUCCACUCCUGUCGAAUCAACCCCUGUUGAAUCUACUCCAGUUGAGUCUACUCCAUGUGAAACUACUCCUGUCGGAUCCACACCAGUAGAAUCUACCCCAGUCGAAUCCACACCAGUAGAAUCUACUCCAGUUGAGUCUACUCCUGUCGAAUCAACCCCUGUUGAAUCUACUCCAGUUGAGUCUACUCCUGUCGAAUCCACACCAGUUGAAUCUACCCCAGUAGAAUCUACCCCUGUCGAAUCAACCCCAGUUGAAUCCACACCAGUUGAAUCUACUCCAUGUGAAACUACUCCUGUCGAAUCUACUCCAGUUGAGUCUACUCCUGUCGAAUCAACCCCAGUCGAAUCUACCCCAGUAGAAUCCACCCCAGUCGAAUCUACCCCAGUAGAAUCUACCCCAGUUGAAUCCACUCCAUGUGAAACCACUCCUGUCGAAUCCACACCAGUAGAAUCUACUCCAGUUGAAUCUACUCCAGUUGAGUCUACUCCUGUCGAAUCUACCCCAGUAGAAUCUACCCCAGUUGAAUCUACCCCUGUCGAAUCAACCCCUGUUGAAUCUACUCCAGUUGAGUCUACUCCUGUCGAAUCCACACCAGUUGAAUCUACUCCAGUCGAAUCUACUCCUGUCGAAUCUACCCCAGUUGAAUCCACACCAGUCGAAUCCACACCAGUUGAAUCCACACCAGUAGAAUCCACUCCUGUCGAAUCCACUCCAGUUGAGUCUACCCCAGUUGAAUCUACCCCAGUUGAAUCUACUCCAGUUGAAUCUACUCCAUGUGAAACUACUCCUGUCGAAUCUACCCCAGUAGAAUCUACCCCUGUCGAAUCAACCCCUGUUGAAUCUACUCCAGUUGAGUCUACUCCUGUCGAAUCCACACCAGUUGAAUCUACUCCUGUCGAAUCUACUCCUGUCGAAUCUACCCCAGUUGAAUCUACCCCAGUUGAAUCUACCCCAGUUGAAUCUACUCCAGUUGAAUCUACUCCAUGUGAAACUACUCCUGUCGAAUCUACCCCAGUAGAAUCUACCCCUGUCGAAUCAACCCCAGUUGAAUCCACACCAGUUGAAUCUACUCCAUGUGAAACUACUCCUGUCGAAUCUACUCCAGUUGAGUCUACUCCUGUCGAAUCAACCCCAGUCGAAUCUACCCCAGUAGAAUCCACCCCAGUCGAAUCAACCCCUGUUGAAUCUACUCCAGUCGAAUCUACCCCAGUUGAAUCUACCCCAGUUGAGUCUACUCCAUGUGAAACUACUCCUGUCGAAUCCACACCUGUCGAAUCAACCCCAGUAGAAUCAACCCCUGUUGAAUCUACUCCAGUUGAGUCUACUCCUGUCGAAUCCACACCAGUUGAAUCUACCCCAGUAGAAUCUACCCCUGUCGAAUCAACCCCUGUCGAAUCCACACCAGUAGAAUCUACUCCAGUUGAGUCUACUCCUGUCGAAUCAACCCCUGUUGAAUCUACUCCAGUUGAAUCUACCCCUGUCGAAUCCACACCAGUAGAAUCUACUCCAUGUGAAACCACUCCUGUCGAAACCACUCCUGUCGAAUCCACACCAGUAGAAUCUACUCCAGUUGAAUCUACUCCAGUUGAAUCUACUCCAGUUGAGUCUACUCCUGUCGAAUCUACCCCAGUAGAAUCUACCCCAGUUGAAUCUACCCCUGUCGAAUCAACCCCUGUUGAAUCUACUCCAGUUGAGUCUACUCCUGUCGAAUCCACACCAGUAGAAUCUACUCCAGUUGAAUCUACUCCAGUUGAAUCUACUCCAGUUGAGUCUACUCCUGUCGAAUCUACCCCAGUAGAAUCUACCCCAGUUGAAUCUACUCCAUGUGAAACUACUCCUGUCGAAUCUACCCCAGUAGAAUCUACCCCUGUCGAAUCAACCCCUGUUGAAUCUACUCCAGUUGAGUCUACUCCUGUCGAAUCCACACCAGUUGAAUCUACUCCUGUCGAAUCUACUCCUGUCGAAUCUACCCCAGUUGAAUCUACCCCAGUUGAAUCUACCCCAGUUGAAUCUACUCCAGUUGAAUCUACUCCAUGUGAAACUACUCCUGUCGAAUCUACCCCAGUAGAAUCUACCCCUGUCGAAUCAACCCCAGUUGAAUCCACACCAGUCGAAUCCACACCAGUUGAAUCUACUCCAGUCGAAUCUACUCCUGUCGAAUCUACCCCAGUUGAAUCUACCCCUGUCGAAUCCACACCAGUAGAAUCUACUCCAUGUGAAACCACUCCUGUCGAAUCCACUCCUGUCGAAUCCACACCAGUAGAAUCUACUCCAGUUGAAUCUACUCCAGUUGAAUCUACUCCAGUUGAGUCUACUCCUGUCGAAUCUACCCCAGUAGAAUCUACCCCAGUUGAAUCUACCCCUGUCGAAUCAACCCCUGUUGAAUCUACUCCAGUUGAGUCUACUCCUGUCGAAUCCACACCAGUUGAAUCUACUCCAGUCGAAUCUACUCCAGUCGAAUCUACCCCAGUUGAAUCCACACCAGUCGAAUCCACACCAGUUGAAUCCACACCAGUAGAAUCCACUCCUGUCGAAUCCACUCCAGUUGAGUCUACCCCAGUUGAAUCUACCCCAGUUGAAUCUACUCCAGUUGAAUCUACUCCAUGUGAAACUACUCCUGUCGAAUCUACCCCAGUAGAAUCUACCCCUGUCGAAUCAACCCCUGUUGAAUCUACUCCAGUUGAGUCUACUCCUGUCGAAUCCACACCAGUUGAAUCUACUCCAGUCGAAUCUACUCCUGUCGAAUCUACCCCAGUAGAAUCUACCCCAGUUGAAUCCACUCCAUGUGAAACUACUCCUGUCGAAUCAACCCCUGUUGAAUCUACUCCAGUCGAAUCAACCCCUGUUGAAUCUACUCCAGUCGAAUCUACCCCAGUUGAAUCUACCCCAGUUGAAUCCACACCAGUUGAAUCUACCCCAGUAGAAUCUACCCCUGUCGAAUCAACCCCAGUUGAAUCCACACCAGUUGAAUCUACUCCAUGUGAAACUACUCCUGUCGAAUCAACCCCAGUCGAAUCUACCCCAGUAGAAUCCACCCCAGUCGAAUCUACCCCAGUAGAAUCUACUCCUGUCGAAUCUACCCCAGUUGAAUCCACACCAGUCGAAUCGACUCCAAUUGAAUCUACUCCUGUCGAAUCUACCCCAGUUGAAUCCACCCCAGUCGAAUCCACACCAGUUGAAUCCACACCAGUAGAAUCCACUCCUGUCGAAUCCACUCCAGUUGAGUCUACCCCAGUUGAAUCUACCCCAGUUGAAUCUACUCCAGUUGAAUCUACUCCAUGUGAAACUACUCCUGUCGAAUCUACCCCAGUAGAAUCUACCCCUGUCGAAUCAACCCCUGUUGAAUCUACUCCAGUCGAAUCUACCCCAGUUGAAUCUACCCCAGUUGAAUCUACUCCAGUUGAAUCUACUCCAUGUGAAACUACUCCUGUCGAAUCUACCCCAGUAGAAUCUACCCCUGUCGAAUCAACCCCUGUUGAAUCUACUCCAGUUGAGUCUACUCCAUUUGAGUCUACUCCAUGUGAAUCUACUCCAGUUGAGUCUACUCCUGUCGAAUCAACCCCAGUCGAAUCUACCCCAGUAGAAUCCACCCCAGUCGAAUCAACCCCUGUUGAAUCUACCCCAGUUGAAUCCACUCCAUGUGAAACUACUCCUGUCGAAUCAACCCCUGUUGAAUCUACUCCAGUCGAAUCAACCCCAGUAGAAUCCACUCCAUGUGAAACCACUGCUGUUGAACAUGACAUCACUUUAGCCACCCCAGAAACUACCUCGAUCGAGGAAACUAGUACUGAAACGGUUUCGUGUUCUACCUGCACCGCAAAUGUUCCCGAUGUCAUUGAAUCUGAUAUCGGUUCCAUGAGUACUCCUACUUCUAUCGUAACUCCCGUUCCUUCUGGUUCGGAAGUCAACAAAUCUAUUGAUGGUGUAUCUACCACCGCCAUCACAAUUGAGGUGACGUCUCCCCAAUAUUCAAACAGCAAUACUGUUACGACACUUUCAAGUGCAACUGCACCUUCUGCAGCUUCCAGUGGAUCCUAUAGUACUCCAGCUGUCCAACCUCCAGCUGAAGGAUCCUCUUCUUCCUUGUCAGCCAAGCUUCUUGCUGUUGUUGCUGCUGCUGCAUGUGUUCUUAUUUUAUAA